AUGUCACACAUGUGGAGUCUGCUCUUUUUCCUCAUCGGAACAGCAUAUGCGGCUGAGGUCUGUUUCGAUGGGCUCGGCUGCUUUGAUGACCUGCCUCCAUGGGGGGGCACCGCUCAGAGACCAUCCUCCGUCCUGCCCUGGCACCCUGAGGAGAUCGGCACCCGCUUCCUCCUCUUCACCCAGAAGGACCGUUACUACCAGGAGAUAAAGGCUGAUAAAAGCAUCCAGGCGUCAAACUACAGCGGGACGAGGAAGACCCGCUUCAUCAUUCCUGGGUAUCUGAAGGAAGGAGACGAGGACUGGCCCCAGGAGAUGUGUAAGGCCAUGCUGACCUGGGAGAAUGUGAACUGCGUUGCUGUGGAGUGGAAGAAAGCCGUGAGGACUCAGUAUGUGCAGGCUGCCAACAACGCCAGGGUGGUGUCCGCCCAGGUGGUCUCCAUGAUCACCUUCCUCAAGAGCCAGUACAGGCAGCAGGCUGAUAAGUUCCACAUCAUCGGACACAGCCUCGGAGCUCACGCUGCAGGAGCCGCCGGCAGCAAGAUCCCCGGCCUCGCACGCAUCACAGGACUGGACCCAGUUGAGCCGUACUUCCAGGACACUGAUGCGUCUGUCCGCCUGGACACCAGUGACGCCACCUUUGUGGACGUCAUUCACACUGAUGGACUUCCUUUCAACUCCAAACUUGGUCUGGGGAUGUCCCAAUCUGUCGGCCACAUCGACUUCUACCCCAACGGAGGAGAGCUGAUGCCUGGCUGCUCCGCCAACAAAGGCCAGCCCAAGGACCUGGACGCCAUCUGGCAGGGUACCAAGAAGUUUGAUGACUGCAACCAUGUCCGAUCCUACGAGUACUACAUCGAGAGCAUGGUGAAAUCCCAAGGCUUUGUAGCAUUCCCCUGCUCCGACAAGGACAGUUUUGAUGAUGGAAAGUGUUUCCCAUGUGCAGACAACAAGUGCCCUCUGAUGGGCUCCCAUGCCGACAGGUUCACUGUGACUGAUGGCGUUUCAAAGAGCAAGUACUUCCUCAAAACGGGCAGUUCAAAGCCCUUCGGCCGUUACAGCUACAGGGUGAAGGUGACCCUGGACGGCCCCAGCUGGCCCAACCCUGGCUUCAUGUUCGUGGCCCUCUCUGGGGACAACGACAGCACCAAGGAGCACCAGCUUUAUGUGGGAGCGUUGGUGUCUGGGUGGACCUACGAGGUGCUGCUGGAUGCUGAGUUGGAUGUGGGGGUUGUCACAGAGGUGACGUUUCGCUGGUACAAUCACAUCUUUAACCCCAUGGCACCCAGGUAUGGUGCGUCCAAGGUGGAGCUGCAGAGAGGAAAAGACAACAUGAUCGUCUCCUUCUGUGGUACGGAGAACGUGAAGGAGAACGCCGUUCAGCAUGUGCUUCCAUGCCAGGCCUAACCAGGCAGGCUCUCUCAAUAAAGAUACUCUGA